AUGAGUCAGAAGGUGUCCCGCAAAACGGCGGUCAGUGAAGAAGUUGAAAAGAGAAACAGUCCAGUAAAAGAGAUGAAAAAGAAAAUGGCGGCGAACGCAGAAAAAGAGAAGCAAGCUGCAGAGAAGGCAACAGAAAAACAAAUAGAGAAACCGGUAGAAAAGCAAGCAGAGAAGGAGAAGCCUGCUGAAAGUAAAGACAAACAUGAGAAGAAUGAGAAGCCAGAGAAGAAUGCUGAGAAACAGACUAAAGAAGAACAGAAGAAACCCGAACCUCAGCCGGAAAAGACCAAGGAAGCUAGCAAAGAUGAUAAGGAUAAGAAUGGAAAGCCAGAGAAAUCGGAAGCGAAAAAGUCAGAGACGUCAAAACAGAACGGCAAACAGAAUGGGCGCGAUCGCGUGCACAACGGAGUGUCUGACGUCACGCUCGGUACCAACGGCACUGAUGACGUAUUAAACGGAACGGUGAGUGCGGACUCUGAAGACGAUGACGUCAUGCUCGUCAUCGAUGACAACGACCAGGACGACUUGUUCCCGGAGCUGACGUAUGAAGAGACGUCUGACGGAGACUGUUUCGAACUGCCCACACCUGAGAGUGGGCCCAGCAGAAGCCUCACGCGACGAUCACAGGUGAAAUCGACGCGGACGCCCGAGACGCCGCGCCCAGCGUCAGACAAACAAACAGACAAGGAUGCCGACGAUCCAAAAGAUAAAGUGUUGAAGCUCAAAGAAGAUGCGACAGUGCCUACAGACAGGAAGCUACGUUCCUCAAACUCUCCAAAGCCACAAGAAGGCAAGAAAGACUCAAAGAAGGAUAAACUUGAGUCUCCCACUAAGGGGGAAGGGUUACCGAAGGUAGAUGAGAAAGAAGAAGAUGCAGCGAAAGUGGAGAAAGGGAAAGAAGGUGAAGUUGACGUUGAAGUUACGCUCGAAGUGCCUGGGAAUGAGGAGGAGGAGCCUCGCAAGACGGACACCAACUUCUCCAAGUCGCGCGUCAAGGUAUCUCCAUACAGACGCAGCAUGCGCAUCGCAGACCAGACCAAUACUUCGCUGCAGGCUAAUUAUACAGGCAACAACACAACAAUGGAGAUGGACAUAUCAGAGUCCUCAGUCCUAGAAGAAGCUCCGCUCGACGACAGUUCAUACCUCCGUGGACUGCGCAGUAUCCGCGGCCGGUCCUCGUACAAGCCGCUCAAGGAGAUCACUCUCAGACAUCUCACCAGCAAGCGGACUACCACUACUACUACAUCUGUGACAUCCCCAGCCCCGUCCACGGAGUCCCACAGUCGUCCAACGGGUACAGUCGUGGGCCGCAAGCGUAAGCCCGACACCAACGAGCCCGAGCUGGCCGUGGAGGUGACGGAGAGCGCGCCCAGCAAGCGCAUGCGCGUACUGGAGCGACUCGCCGAGCCAUUCCGACGGGUCGCCGCCGCCGCCGCGCUGCCUACUGUCGCCAGGAGAAACGCUGAGAUCGUGGGCAUCAAUACAGACUUACCGCUGACGGCCCCCGUGGCGUCGACGGAGACGUUUGACCCGGAGUCACUGAAGCCGGCACCGACCGGUCCGCCGCCGCUCGUGCCAUCCUCCGAACCAGUCGCCGUCCCACUCGUACACGACGAGAAAGAUAACAAGAGGUGUGUCAUCAUGUAA